AUGUUGGCAGAUAUGGACAAAGAUGUCACAAAGUGUUCAGUAAACAACUGUGUACUACUUAAUGAUACAAAUCUAUGGCCGGAAGCUGAUCUUAUUUUAAUACCAAACAGUAUAUAUCCACAUGGAGAACGUCCAGAACAUCAAGCUUGGGUGGCAUUCGAAUAUGAAGCACCAGUGCAUAGUCGACUAAGCUAUCAACUUAAUAAUAAAAUUAACUUCACUGCAACGUAUAGGUUUGAUUCAACAGUUCGUACACCAUAUGGCAUGUAUACACCGAAUAAUUAUGCUAAUAAUGGCAACAGCUUCAAAAGAAGACAAGAUGAUCCAAGGAAUAUGGCUGCAGGAAAGAGUCGAGCUGUUGCAUGGAUUGUGAGCAACUGUAACUCACACAGUCCACGAUAUCUGUAUGCAAAUGAGUUAGCUAAACACAUUGCUGUUGAUAUAUAUGGUAAAUGUGGGCGAUUAGUAUGCCGAGAUUCCUACUGUUUUGACUUGUUGCGCUACCAUUACAAAUUUUACUUAAGCUUCGAAAAUGCCCUAUGUCAGGAUUAUAUAACAGAAAAGUUCUUCUUCAACGCCUUGAUGAAUAAUGUUCUGCCUGUUGUAAUGGGAGCUUCAAUUGAAGAGUAUCAAAAAGUUGCACCACCUCAUUCUUUUAUUCACGUCGACGAAUUUGAUAGUCCCGAAGAGUUGGCUGAAUAUUUAAAGUAUCUUGAUAAGAAUGAUACUGCCUACAACGAAUACUUUGCUUGGCACGACAAAGGUGUUGUGAGUAUGUGGUCAUCGAAACCAGAGUGUGAAUUCUGUUUACUGGCCAACGCUGUUGAGUAUUUGAGACCGACAAGUCAAGAAAAGUUUUCAGUCUGGUGGAGAAAUGGAUGUUAUGGAAGAAAAUUGAGAUGGUAA